GAGGAGGUCACCAUGGCAUGGCUAUGGGUCUGGUAAUAAUGAGGGGCAUUCCCUGUGACGACACCCCAGCGGAGGGUGAUGUAAGAGCUGGUACACCGUGCCCCCUCCUCAGAUACAUGUGUGCCCCUCUCUCCUUCUCCUCCUUCCUUGUGCCAUUCUGCCGCCCUCUAUUCUGUGUCCUGUGCCCUCCUCUCCCUCCUCCCUCCCCUCGGAGCUGUGUCACCACCUCUCCCCGUGCCCUCCUCCUCCUCCCUCUCGCUCUCCCUUCCUGGCUCCUGUUCAUAUUGCAGGUCAGGGGUGAGUCCCCACGUCACGUUGGAAGAUGGCGGCCGGGUGGCUGUGAGAUGAGGAGCUCGGGACUGCACUGACAGAGCCGCUCACAUGCAGUAAGGCAGAACACAUUGAAUGAAGAGGGGGAAAUGGAUCUGCCAAACCAUGCCAAACAACUGCUGCUUCAGCUGAAUCAGCAACGAGCCAAAGGUUUCUUAUGUGACGUCAUCAUUGUAGUGGAAAAUGCUUUGUUCCGAGCUCACAAGAACAUUCUCGCUGCCAGCAGCAUGUACUUUAAAUCUCUUGUCCUUCAUGACAACUUGAUCAAUCUGGAUACAGAUAUGGUUAACCCAGCUGUUUUCCGACAGAUUUUGGACUUUAUUUACACCGGUAAACUUUUGACAUCCGACCAGCCAGGAGAGCAGAAUUUCAGUGCUCUCCUCACCGCAGCAAGCUACCUCCAACUCCAUGACUUGGCAACUCUUUGCAGGAAGAAACUUAAGCGUUCUGGGAAACCAUUUGUCGGAAAGCUUGGUGUGCCUAGCAUAGGCCGUGUAGGAAGAAAUCACAGGCUUUCUACCACCCCACUUGCUCACAUGCGAUUCUCUGGACCCUUGGAUGUAAACAAGGGUUCUAACUCCAUUGAGUUGUCCAAACCAACAGUCCAAGAAGAUGAGGUGUUCGUUAGCAACCCUAAACAGGAAAAUAGCCACCCUUUAAGCCUAGGUACAGGGAGCAACAGCAGCCUCAAUAAUAGCACUAAUGGAAGUGACCAUGAGCUAGGCCUUGAUCUCUCUAAGAAAAGCCCGUCCCUACCUGCACAAGAAGAGAAUGUACAACCAGACAGUCAUGUAGGCUCACCACAAUCUGCCUCAGCAUCCAUAGCCAACUGUGCCUCAUACGAAGAAUCCGCCCCCCAAAAAAGAGACAGUGAACCAAUGGAAUUGGAUGAGAACCACUCUGAAUCCGGGCCAAAAAAUAACCUUUGCCACCCAACACGUAAAAUGGAGUGGGACAGGAAAGAAAGAGAACUUUCUCCAGAAGUAGGAGAUACUAUGCCCAAUGGAGUAAUUGUUGGGCCUGUGUCAAAAGAGAGACAUUCUGGUGGAGGGUAUGCUUCUGAAAAGAGUUUCCAAUGUAGAGAGGAGGUAGAAAAUGGUAAAGACAUCAGUGAGGAAAGUGGGCAUAGUGAGAAUGAACAUGACCAUCCUAGUGCCAACUAUGUUUACCGACAAGAUGGUUUUGAGACUGUUCCAUUUGGUGACAACUUGUAUGUGUGCAUCCCCUGUGGAAAGGGGUUUCCUAAUUCAGAGCAACUAAAUGCUCAUGUGGAAAUGCAUACCGAAGAGGAGCUAUAUAUCAAAGAAGAGGAUUCCUACUGUAAAGAGGAAGCAGAGGACCUGUCAACUCCCAACACAACAUUUACAAAUGAACCAAGGCCAUUUAAAUGCUCCGUAUGUGAGAGGAGCUACAAGGAUCCAGCCACCCUCCGACAGCAUGAGAAAACGCACUGGCUGACCCGUCCUUUCCCCUGCAACAUAUGUGGCAAGAUGUUCACACAAAGAGGAACCAUGACCCGCCAUAUGAGGAGCCAUUUGGGCCUCAAACCUUUUGCUUGUGAAGAGUGUGGAAUGCGCUUUACCAGGCAAUACCGACUGACCGAGCAUAUGCGUGUCCACUCAGGGGAAAAGCCCUAUGAAUGUCAGCUCUGCGGGGGAAAAUUUACCCAGCAGCGCAAUCUGAUCAGUCACCUGCGUAUGCAUACCUCCCCAUCAUAAACCAAAGACUCUCUCAAUACCCUAAGAAUGUGCUUCUCCUCUGCACACUAACUAACCAAUUUACCUUCCUGAUGACUUGCUGCUUUAAGGGUACCUGUUUCCAGUUAAGUUGUAUCAUCAUAGAAAGUGGGUGUAAUGCCUCAUCUGAGCUUUAAGAUUUAAAGAGUGAUGACAACAUUUCAAGUUAUGGUACAGUGGAAGCAAGCUAUGUAUUGCCUCCACUUCACUUCUUUCCCUUGCAUCCUCAGGACCUACACAAAGACUUCAAUGACCAUCUUUAUACCACAAAAUAAAAGGCUGUAAAUUACUAGAAUAAUGCUAGCAGAAUUUCCAUGCUCUUGUUUUGCAAGGUGACAACUUGGUAAUGCAGCCAAGCUUACUUUUGGGUUUGAAGGUGUUUGUGUAGAAGGCAUUUGCUGAAGGCAUGUUUUUAGCACCCUGAAUUCUCCACGCCUUUCUACAUCAUGGCCCUGCUUACAUCUGUCCAGCCUUAAGAGGUGCUGGCUUCCUAGUUGUAUCCAUGAAUGAAAACCAAGGAAACCUCACAACUCCCUCUCCUGGUUACUACUGUGGGCAUUUUGGAUAGGUUCAUGCCAAGUUGCUCCUCUCAAACACCAUUGUUAAGAUUGAUAAAAUCAGGCUGGCACUUUCUGGGGCACUUGGUAUCUUUUGGCUGUGAAUUCUUUGCAUGAUUCUUUCUUCGUUCUGAAUGCCCUUUUCAACGCAGACUGGAAACUAACAUUUUGCCCAACAGUUGCACCUAUGUAAGCCAGUGGGAGGGAGGUCCUCUGUUAUCCCCCACCCCCUUCCUGUCCAUAAAUAGGUACUUGUCUCAGUGGUGGGCUUUGGGAGACUUCUUUGAAUUACAUUUUGAAUCUGUGAAUUUUUGAACUGGAAGUUUAGGGAUAUUAUUUGGGGUGGUGGGUUAGUAUUCUUGUUUCUCACUACUCACUUUUUACAUGACUGAGCUUCUCUAUGUAUUGGUGAGCUCAGAAGCCGAAGCAUUGUAACUCAUUCUGUCCUUCACAGGGCUCCCAGUGCUUUGUUACAGUGCAUAAUAUUCUGCUUACAUGACUCAAAGUGUUGGCUGGUUGUAAGUUAUGUAUAUGUUCACCACACAUGCUGCCUCCAAAAAAAGAAAAAGAAAUGGGGUAAGAAAUACUCCUCUUACAGACAGGCACUAAAGGCCAGUCUGGCAGGAAAGAGUACAAAGCUCUUACCCUAUUGCUGUUCAUUGUGACUUGUCACUAGUUAGGUACUCCUGUGUGUGUGUGUGUGUGCGUGCAUGUGUGUGUGUGUUAGCCUGGUUUGGCUGUAUAUGUAGAGACAUGUAAGAUGAAGGAUGCUAUGGACUGGUCAAUUUUGCUACCUCUUGAUACUAAGAAGCUUUUGCAUAAUUUUUUUUUUUGUUUUCUUCAUUGUAAGUAACUGUAUAAAGUUAGAACAUUUAAAUUAAAUGGGAAGCAUUAAAACAUUAGGCUAUCAGGAAUUUGUCACAUUUACCAUAUUAAGAUAACUUCUGAUCCAAAAAAAAUUUAUCCAAAGAGAUCCAAUCUGAAUGAAACCAAAACUUAUACCAAACCCUUUCUUCAACUCGUAAUAUUACUAUAAUGAAUAUGUACCGCACUAGCAGGUUAUAGACAUGCUUACUGCUAUGAUUGUCCAUUUGGGUUCAGUUAACAAUUGCAGGACAUCUUCUUCUCUCCUUAUGUGCUUGGGAGGAGGGUUGGAAUCAGCAAUCUAUUUGCAUGCAUUUUUGGAAUACAUACUGUAGGUACCAAGUCAAUAAAAUUUAAAAUGGAGCUGUGCAAAAGUGUUUGCACUCUGCUUUGAUGUUUCCUAAAACAGGGUCAUGCACAGGUACUCUGUCUACAUCAUACAGAAAAGUCACUUUAUUCUUAAAGCCCCUUAUGACUUACGGUACUCCAUUAAACCAUGCACUGCAGCAGGCUCUGGUGCAGGAUGUACCACAUUUAGUAUCCAGUCUCCUUGUAGCAGAAAAAAAAAUUCUUACUUAUACUUUAAUUGACCAAAGUGUUAAGCAAUCUUAUUAGUGUAAGUAAAAAUUGUCAAAGGCAUAGAACAGUAUGGUGCUACCCAAAACAUCAAUUGACUCUUCUCCAAUAGUAGUGGCAAAUCUACAAAGUUUACAAUAUUUAAGACCAAAAAUAUUAAACUAAUGAAAUGUGCCAGCCAUAGUAUUUCUUUUUCUAAUAAAAUUAAAAACGUAGUCCUGGGGGUUAAACAAAUAUUAGAGCUAAUUUAGUGAAUUAAGUAACACAAUAUGUAAAGAAAAAAAAUGCUUAAAAGACAAGUUCAGGGCUCUACAGGUGUAAAUUGAUAAGUAGAGAUGAGCGAAGUUACAGUGAUUCGAUUCGUCAUGAACCUCGCGGCUCGGCGUUUGCUGACUUUAUCCUGCAUAAGUUAGUUCAGCUUUCAGGUGCUCCGGUGGGCUGGAAAAGGUGGAUACAGUCCUAGGAGAGAGUCUCCAGCACACCGGAGCACCUGAAAGUUGAACUU